AUGAACAACCUCAUGUACCAAUACGGAUAUACAUCCAACAAGCCCUCCACGGACUUUCUCAACUCCUUCAAGGGCAACUUGAAGAUCUUGACAAAUGGCAUUGUUGUCCAUAAACAGAAGGGUAUGGCAGCAGUUGCGGAACAGCUGCAGCAAACCGUUUCGAAGGAUCGCCUUUACGAAUUCAUGAUCCAAGACUUUGCUGGGGCGCUCUACUGCAACCGCCUUCGCAAAUUCCAAGGCCUCUCUCUUCAUUAUGAGGAGAUGGCAUGCGAAAACUCGUUGAAGGGUACUCCCUUCACUGGGUACAAGGUCAAACUUGCCGGCACAACUGGUCGAGGUGGUCCUGAUAUCAGAGCCGCUUAUUCUUUCUCGGGGACCUCCCUCAAAGACGCCAUGCUGAACAUGGCGCACUACUACCAGGACGAGCUUGCAAAAUACGACGUCCAUGCAAUGGAGCCAGGGAACCAAGCGUUCCUUGCAAUUCAAACACGCCUGCAUGAAAGGAUCGUUGUAAUUGUUCCAAAGGAUCAUGUCGGGACGAUCAAUGCUCCCGUGCAAGUUCCUGUUGUCAAUAGCGGGACGAUCAAUGCUCCCGUGGGAGUUCCCGUUGUCAAUGGUCAUAGUGAGGGCGCGGAUGCAAUACCAGUCGUCGAGGCUCCAGUCAUAGGAGAUCAUCCGCAAGAGGUGAACGACAAUAUUCUUUCGCAGGCGGUUCAUGAAGAGAUGUGGGAGAUGUUCUUCAAUUUGGAAGAUGCGUAA